AGAGAGAGAGAGUCUUUCCAAGUCAGGGAGAAAUCAAGUCCCAGAGAGAUGGAUGUCAGUGAGAUGACUGAGAAGCUCAGGUCAGAAGUGACCUGUUCCAUUUGCUUGGAUCUCUUCAGCCAGCCAGUGACCCUUGACUGUGGGCACAGCUUCUGCCAAGAGUGUGUCCUUCGGAGCUGGCAGGAAGCCCAAGUCCAAUGGACGUGCCCGCUGUGCAGGGCUAGCAGUCAGCCCAGAGCCUUAGAGCCCACCCGAGUCCUGGAGGCCCUGGCCUCCAGCAUGAGCAGGCAGCGGCAACUUCCCAGACCCAGAGACGUGACUGGCCAGGCCAGGUGUGGCCAACACCAAGCCGUUCAGAAGCUCUUCUGUGAAGAUGACUUCAGCCCCCUGUGUGUCUCCUGCUUACUCCCCCACGAGCACGAAGGUCAUCGUGUGUAUCCCCUGGAAGAGUCUGCGGAGACAUUCAAGGGCCAGCUGCAGGAAGCCCUGGGCCAGGCCUGGGCCCAGGAGAGAGAGGCCCACGUGCUGCUGGAGCAGGAGAGAGCCAGGAGGCUGAGGUGCCGCAGGGAGGCCGCCAUUCUGAAGCAGGUCAUCCUGCCCGAAUACAUCAAGACCCACCUUGGCUGGACAGAGAAGAAACAACAGGAUCUCCUGAUCAAGGAAAAGCGAAAGAAUAUGAAGCAAUCAAGGGCCAGCGAGGCCAGAAUCUCCCGCUAUGUGCGCAGCCUCGAGAAGAUCACUGAGGAGCUCGAGAAGACUUUGGAGCAGCCCCUGCUGGACAUGCUCCUGGCUGGGAAGAGCACUUUGCAAAGGAGUCGGGAGCUGCUGCUUUGCUGUCCUCAGCCUGCUGCCCUACGCUGGACUCUGUGUGGAAACACUGGAAUGAGGGAGCUGCUACUGGCCUUCCAGAGCCACAUCAGUCUGGAUCCGAGAACAGCCCAUGCCAGUGUCAUUGUUUCUGAAGAUCUGAAGAGCGUGAGGCUUGCUAGCCAUUGGUGGGAUCUACUGAACAACCUGCAAGGAGAGGCCGAGCGUCCUCUUAUUGUGCUGGGUGCUCAGAGCUUCACCUCGGGGAGCCAUUAUUGGGAGGUGGAGGUAGGAAGCAAGACCGAGUGGGAAGUCGGCAUCUGUCCAGGGCCAGGAAACGACCAGGGACGAGUCCACGGGGACCCGCUCUCCCUCGCCUGCCUCAACAUGGGAGAACGAUUUCAACUGUGGAUCCCUCAUGCCUUGGAAGGCCCUGAAGACACAGGAACCCUGCACAGGCUGGGCAUUUUCCUCCACUACGAAGGGGGACACCUCUCAUUUUACAAUGUGACCCAGGGCUGCCUGAUCUACGCCUUUCCCCCAGUCACCUUCCAAGGUCCUCUCAGGCCUUUCUUCUCUCCUGGCCUUAUCCAUGAAGACAACCAGCCCAGCGCUGUCACCAUCUGUCCACUGAGCCCUCAUUCCUGAGGGAGCUCAUGCCCUUCCACCUUGCCUAGGCUCUAGGCCUCCAUUCAGGGGGAGGAUCCAUCCUGUGCAGAAUUUAUGGCUGAGAAGCCC